AUGUCUUGCCAGCAGAGCCAGCAGCAGUGCCAGCCUCCUUCCACGUGCCCCCCAUCGCCCAAGUGCCCCCCGAAGAGCCCAGCACAAUGCUUGCCCCCAGCCUCCUCCAGCUGUGCUCCAGGCUCCGGGGGCAGCUGUGGCCCCAGCUCUGGGGGUGACUGCUGCCUGAGCCACCGCAGGCGCCACGGAUCCCAUGGAUGCCGGCGCCACAGCUCCAGCUCCUGUGAUGGUGGCAGUGCGCUGCAGUCCGGGGGCUCUGGGUGUGGCCAUGGCUCUGUGGGUGGUUGCUGA